AUGUUCCCCCGCUCUCUUAUCCUGUUGGCUUCGGCUGGCGCAGCCGUUGCCCAAUUAGCGCCCGAAUGCGAGCACGUCGCGGACGUGGCUGCUCUCCUCCAGGCUGACGACGGCAAAGCUUAUUGCUCAUCCGUCCUCAGCGUCGGUACCACUACCGAAACUGUUGUUGAAUCCACCACAACCACGGUGACCACUACGAUCACCACUCCCAGUCAGAUCACGCUUAGCCUCACAAAUACGCAGACCGACACUGUGAGCAGCGGCACCGUAACUGAGACGGCUCCCACUGCCACGUCUUCCUCGACCAUCGUAGAGUCUACGACUGUCUACUCUUGCCCCACCGUACUCAAGCGUCGUGGCUAUGAAGAGGCCCAGUCAACCUCCUGCACCAAGAGCAAGACCACUUCGACGCCUACGCCCAGUUCAACCUCUUGUACCAAGGGAAAGACCACCACCACGCCAACACCAGUCAACACUUCCAUUCCCUGCUCUUCUAGCCAGCAUGCUACCGCCGCCUACGGUGCCGACAAGCCCGCUACUUCGAGCGCUCAGGAAGGCUACCACGCUCCUGGCUCCUCUCAGGCUGCUUACCCUUCGCAGCCAGCCAACAGUGGAUACUCUAUCCCCUCUUACCCUGAGUCCAUUCCUAAGGGCUACUCUUCAAUUCCUACUGGUUACUACCAGAGUUCUAGCUCCGCUGCCUACCCUGCUUCAACUCCGGAUGUCUACUCCUCCGUCUACUAUGAUGCUUAUCCCGAGCAAUCUUCGGCUGCUUACGAUGCAUACCCUGAGGCAUCUUCGGCUGCCUACCCUGAGUCUACUCCUGAGGCUUAUCCCGUGACCUCGAGCAUCUACGAGCAGAUCAGCUCUUUGGUCAGUUCUUCUUUCGGAUACCCUCAGGGGUCUGUCUCCUCCUCGGCUUACUACUCGAGCGAGAUCAUCACCUCCUCUGAGGUCUCUUCUGAGAUCUACACACCUUCCCCUACUCCCACCCCUACCCCUGUCCCGUCGUGCGAGACGGCUCCUACAGCUGUCCAGACAGGAUUCGGCUGCGAUAUUAUCUCCACUGCCUGCGGCUGCCUGGGACUGGCAUCGGCCACCGCUCAGGUCACCACCACCACUACUUUGACUGAGGCUGCGUACAUCACUGAGGCCAUGCUCUUCACCACAACUACCCAGUUGACCGAGACCGUUUUCACCACCGUCCCUGCUGCCACAGAGACCGUCACUCCUUCCGUCACCGUCACGACAACGGCCACUGCUACCGCCACCGUCUGCCCCUGCUCUGACUCCGCCUCAUCUCUGUGCGGCACCACCCCCGACACCUGCAAGAACCUCCAGACCGACACCAACAACUGCGGCACCUGCGGCAACACUUGCGGAACCGGACAGACGUGCAGCGCUGGCCAGUGCAUCACCCCCGCAAUCCCUGAGACUCCAAGCUGCGCGGCUGCCAAGUGCUCCAACUACAUUCGUUGCGGCAACGGAGGCUCCUGCCUCUGUGCUGCUACCGCUGGAGGCAAGGGCUGUUGA